GUGAUUGGUUGGGCCAUGAAGAACUGGUGUUUUGUGAUUGGAUGACUGACACGCGCUUAUAAAAUAUGCACAAACUGUCCGCUACGGUGUUGAUGACGUAAACGUGGAGACGUUAACCUUCGCAAUAUUUGAAUUUCGACGGUUAAGUAAACGAAAAACUAACAAGCUAAAUUUGUUUCACUCAUUUUACCAGAAAAAAUAAUUUGUAUAUAAAUAUUGUGUUAUGUCUGCUGAAGAAAACUCUCGUUUGCAACGUCAAAAAGUACCAAACGCGAAAUUAAAAACGAAAUCAAAACGGACAAUAAAAACGAAGUUGGUGAUUAGUAAAGCGUUUCUGUCGUUUCCGGUUGGUCCUAAAACGUCUGUGACCUGCUUAUCGAGACCAACAGACGCAAAGCAGAGCCUCAGGUCUGGUUCUUCAGAAAAAAUAAAGAAGAAGACCCGGAGUGUUACACCUGGCUCAACUCAUAAUAAAGACACCUCUGUUUAUACACAAGGACCAUUAAAGAAUGCCCCAGCAGGUAGAAAGGAGAAAGGAACUUGUGAAGUGAAACAGAAUGUGCUGAGGACAAUAUCCAGGAUGCUGCAGGAGAACAGGACCAUAAGAGAGCAGCGGAUCGGGUUAUCUCAGGCAGGAAAAAAUGAUCAAAGAAGAGAUGGACUGUUGUUCACCCAAGACGUUGACUGCCUCCAACUUUGCUCCGGGAUGCUCUUGAAUCGCUGACUACUUUGACUCUGAACGGAGUGGAGGAGAACCUGGAGCUCACGGACGGACUGGCGUUUAUUAUUAUUCCAUUCCACUUGUUUAUUUUGAGGCUCGCGCUUGUUUGUCCCAGACCGACGCAUGAGGCAAGGUAUGAGCACGGAGCUCCGUGAAGACGCCGCGUGCUCUGCGCAGCGCGCCUCGAGCUUGCCGUUCAGCGUGGACGCGCUCAUGGCUCCCACGGAAGCGCCUCGUUACGGCACCGGGCGCUCGACGCUCAUAUACCAGCCGUCUGCGCCAGAUGACUGUGUCCCGUCGUCUCCUGUCAAGUCGGAAGCAUCGGAUCGAGACGAGGCAACCUGGCCCAAGUCUUCAUGCUCACCGCAACCACGACAUUUGGUUCCGAACACGUGUUCUCUCAGGAAGCACAAGACAAAUCGUAAGCCUCGCACUCCAUUCACAACAGCUCAGCUCCUGGCGCUGGAGCGCAAGUUCCGUCAGAAGCAGUACCUCUCCAUUGCUGAGCGUGCAGAGUUCUCUAGCUCUCUCUGCCUGACUGAAACUCAGGUGAAGAUCUGGUUCCAGAACAGACGGGCCAAAGCCAAGCGACUGCAGGAGGCUGAGAUAGAGAAGCUCAAAAUGGCGGCCAAGCCCUCAGCUCAUUCAGGCAUCUCUUUCCCGUUUCCUCUCAACAGUCAACCACAGGGAGCAGCAACGCUCCUUUAUGGACAAUCAGGACACUUUCCUUUCCGCAGAUACAUGCUCCCUAUGCCUCCACUUGGGAUUUACUCUACACCUUUGGCUUAUAGUAUGUAUCAUCUGUCCUGAGUGGCAAUAUGGAUUUUUUUUCAUUCAUUCAAACUGAAGACUGUUUGUUGGUGCCUAAACAUCUUUGCCAAGUGGGCUGAUAUGUAAUCUGAAUAGUGUGUCAAUGACCAAAACAACAAAACGUCUAAGAGGCCUGAGUGUUUUUUUUUUUGUUUUUUUUUUUUUUGUUUUUUUUUUUAACAUAGUAGUAAUUUUAUAAAAGUUUUGAAAAAGAUGUCAAGAGCCCUAGAAAAACAAGGCAAAAAAUCCUUAUAUAUACAGUUUGGGAGAGGCUGUGUCUACAGUACAUGCACCUUAUUAUAAAGACUAUGCAGGUUCAGAUGCUGGAUAUACUGAACGACUAAACUGAAUUUGGUAGACUGAUUUAAAAAUUUUAAGCUGUUAUGUUUAAAACUGUUACGAAAAAAACGGGCAGACUGUUAUGUAGGAAAUCAGUAUUUUACAUUUUAUAGAGGACAAAUUUUAAAAAUCAGAACAAUGGUUAAUGAGUGCUAUUUUGUAAAAAAAAAAUUUCAGAUUAAGAAAAAGAAAACUUACAAAACCAAAUACGUCGAUUACACGAGCUCUAUGUAUCCUUUCAUGACUUCGUGUAGUGGUCAAAUGAUUAUAUUUAUAUGAGGAACAAAUGUACCAUAUUAUGUUUUUUAUAAUAACAUUAUUGCUUUUCAUUAAAUGAAACUUUCAGAUGAAAAUUGCUGUGGAAAAUUUGUGGAUCAGAAGCUUGAAAUCACAAACUAGUACAGGCCAAUAUAAAGGAAAAGAUAGAAAUAAUAAAAUAUAUAUUGUUUUCCUUUACUGGAUCUUAAUUCUGAAUUAUUUGAUUGGGGUUGAUGAUGCAGUAUUUGAGAAUGUGAGAUAAGCUCAACCCCAAAGGCUGCAUGGUUGCUAAUGCUUUUUAAAUUGAGCUGCUGAAAGGGGGCUUUUAGGCAUUCAUGCUCAUAAUCUUUUGAAAUGUUGAGGUUGAUCUGUAUGGCUCUCUUUUUUCAUCCUGGUGGUCUUGAGAAAAGUUAAUUAAACGGUGUCAUUACAUGACGCACUGAAACACUGGGUCUCUCCUAAAGCUAUUCAAGCUGGUUAAACUCCUUCUGUGUAUAAGCACAGGAAUGUGGAUCCCUACUGAGUCUGACAUGUUGAACCUUUUCAUGUAUUGUCAACACUAUAUCACCAAUUUACUGCCUACACCCUGCCCUACACCCUGGCUGUUAUUAAGUACGAAUUAAAACUAAUAAUAUAAUAACAGCUUUGUAUUCUAAUUAAUCAAGACUGUUCCAGGGCUUGUAGGCAAAUUUCAGGUGGUAUUUAAGUUCAGUAGUUUUUGCAUGUAUUUUGGGAGUGCCCUUAUUUGCUGGCAGCAUGGGUGUGAUAAUAUAUUUCUAAGGAACCUGUAAUUGUUAUGGAUUUUUAAAGGAGCUUUGAAUGUUUUUUUUUUGUUGUUGUUUGUUUUGUUUUUUUAAACCAAUAUAGCUUUUACAAAGUGAAACAGAAAUCAUUUCCAUAUAUUAUGAAGUUCAAAAGAAACAGGUUCUGGGCACAAACAGGAAAUUAUUGCUUAGUGUUGUUAUUAGUUAAUUUUUUUUUUCCUCUGCUAGUGAGGAUAUGUUAAAGUAGGGAAAAAUUCAAACGGCAAGCAAGUUAUGCCAUUUUAAUGGAAGACUAUGGAACAAGUAGAAAUUAAGUGAUUAAUACUGAUUAAAUGUGCACAUCAUGAUGUGUUUUUGAAUAGUGUAUAGUUCAAUAUAAUAUGAAUUCUUUAUGCAAAUCAUUUAAUUUCUGUACAGUGUUGUAUAUGUUAAGUUAGAACAUUAAAAAAGGCUUCGAAUGAACAUCCUAAAAUUUGAAAAUCAAUUAAGUAAACAGAGAAAUGUUUGUAUUAAUAUUUCAAGCAUGUAGCAGACGCUCUUAUCCAGAGUGUCUUACAUUAUCUAUUUUUUUUUUUAAUACAACUGAGGGUUAAGGGCCUUGCUCAGGGGCCAACAGAGGCAGCUUGGUGGACCUGGGAUUGAUCUCACUACCUUCCGAUUGGUAGUCCAUCACCUUAAUCACUAGACUACCACACGCCCCUUACACAUCCUUAAAUAGAAAGAUUUAGGUAUUUGAUGGAAGGCUUGUUUUAUUUUACUUUUUAUGUUCUAUUCCUGCCUAAAUUGUAAUUAUAUGUGUGAAAAAGAACAUGGUAGACUGAAAGAAUCUGAUGCUUAUUUGUACAAAUUAUGCUGUUGAUGUUUAACACCUUCACCCUUCAGCACACUCCUUGCCUUGUUCAGUCUCUUAACUUUCAUUGUCUUUGUCACUUCUUUAUGCUAUAAGCGGGCUAGUAAAUAUCUUGGGUACUACAUUUACAAUUAAAAUUUUUUGUAAGUGUCAUAAAAAUAAAAUGUUUGUCUUAACACAGAGCAUUUCCAAUAAUCUAGCUUGCUCUCCACAGGUUUCAACAUUGUGGACUGACAUAAAAUAUAACAUAUCUUCUCCAUCAUGCAGACAUGUUGAGUUCUUUCAAAACCUUCAGUAUCCUGUUUAUAGAUGUGAUGGAUCCAGAGCCUAACCCGGCAACACUGAGCAUGACGCUGGAAUACACCAUGGAUGGGACACCAGUUAUAUACUUAUUUGCACAUAGUCAUAACCAUUGCUGCUACCAACAUACUGUAUGUGUGAGAAGUGGGAGGAAAACAGUGAGCCCAAUGGAAACACUCAUCGGAUAUUGGGAUAACAUGCUGAGUAACUCCACACAGAGAGCUCAGGUUCAAACCGGUAGCCCUGGAGCUGUGAGGUAGCAACACUAAUUACUGAGCAACAGCUUCCCAACCCUGUUCCUGAACUGCACAUUGUAAUGUUUUAGCUGCUCCUAGCACAUCUGAUUCAGCUGAUCAGCUGAUUAACAGCUCUUCCCGAGUUAAAGUGGAUGUGUUAAAGUUGGAAAAAUACUAAAAUGUGCAGGUUGGGGAUCCUGUGCCUUAGGGAAUUACACAAGUCUAGAAAGUGAACACUGGUACUUGUUCUACACAGCUCCUUGGCUCUCGACUCGUAUAUCUUCCCUUUUCCCAAAGCUUUCCAGAUUUGGGAUUUGACUUAUCAGACAAAUAUGAUCUUAAAUGCUGUGCUCUAUGUCAACCAGACCCUUACUUAAUUGUGCUUGACCUCCGAUUUUAGUUUAACCACUGUGAAAUCAUGUGUAUGUACUGUGCUCAGUGAUAAGAACCAGAACACGUUUUGAGAUCGGCCUUUACUCUUUCACUUAACUGUAGGAUUUACUGGCUCUCUCUGACUGCCUCACUGUCCUGUGGAGCCAUGUUACAAUUACGAGCGAUUUCACAGUCCAUUUCCUUCCCUUUGUUUUGAAAACAAGCUCUGGCAUUAGUUUGAUAGCAGAAUGUUUUCGAGGUGCAAAAUUGCCUUUCGGCUCCAGAGAUUAGCUUUAUUCAUUUGGGCCGAAAAUCCACGACUUCUCUGCCAACUUUGCUCGGCUGCUCACUCUGUUUAGUGCUAAGCUUUGUAAUGCCUCAAACCUGGGAGGUCCACAAAGGUGGCAAGAUACUUAUACUAAUCCAGAUAUAGGACUUUAAUGCACACAAAUUACAGAUGAUUUCAGGCUUGCAAGUCUAUUUAUGGUUAAACUAGUCUGAGUUACUGUUCAAAAAGUGAAGUUUCCAAGCAUCAAAAGAAUUAAAACCAGCUAUUAGUAAACAGGCAUGCUUCCUGUGAUGCUAAAAUAAAUUUUCAUCAAAUACGUAAGUUCAGUUUGGUAUAUCAACAGCGGUUUCCUGACUUUUUUUUUCUUCAGAAUGUCCUAGAUAUAAAAAUGGAUGACAAUUUUCAAAAAAACAUACAACUGUGUUAAGGUGUUGGGACAC